AUGUCUAAGCGUACUUUGUCUCCUUCUACCCCCUCCCGUCGAACUCGAGCAUCUACUAUGGCAAUCCUACCUGACGUGGACCCCGAGCUUCUCAUGCGUCAAACAAAAAGAAUGAGAUUUACUUCCCAAGCGCCUGUUCUCUCUCAACCUCCAUUGGUUGAUGCGUCUCGAAGAGCUCUCGACACCAUUAAGGAUCGAUAUCAAUCCGGUCCUUCUCGCAAUCAACAAUCGUCCCUUCUCGAUGACGAGGUCAUCGAGCAAUAUAUCGACUUCGAAGGGGGUGCUGGACCAUCUGCCACUGGUGAGAACCCAUCUCCCGCCAAGUCUGUCGAAUCCGAACACGGCACCAUCGUUGAGAAUCAAAAUUCUCCUGGUAAUAAGUCCCCUGUGCCACCUUCUGAUUAUUCAGAGGGACUUGUCGAGGUUCCCCAUGAACUCGAAAUCAUUUUUCACGCCCCUCGUAAGGUUCCGGUCAAUGAUGAACUGGUUAAGGUUCUGGACGCUCGAAAAGACUCGGAAAUUGGUGAGAUUCCUAUAGAAUUCUCUACUCUCUGGGCCAAAAUGACCUUCUCCUCUGUUCGUACGGCUCUGAAAGACGAAGCCCUUGAUCGUUUUCGCGAGACUGGCGCCAUCAAUCCUACUGUUAAGUGGUUUAGGAAUGCUCUCGAUCGUUUGGCCCAAGGUUGGCCACUUCGCAACAAGAAUGGUGCUGUUGUCCGUCUCGAGGGGAACUUCAAAGUGUUCGGUGAAAACCAACAAUCCCGAGUCCAAAUUUCGCGAGGUAUCUAUCUUCUUCCUUCGAACUUGAUCGAUGUUGAUGUAAAGGGUAUUACUGUCGGAGCCCAGACUGUCACUUCCAAGGUUACCUUUGUCCUGGAGCACGGACUCUGUGCUGUCUCGGCCCGAUAUUGA